UGCCCAACGGCCUGAGCGCUUCGUCCCGUCGCGGGCAGCGCCAUGGCGGGGAUGCUGGAGUCGCUGGAGUCGUGCUUGGAGGAGCACGUCCCGCCCGAGCACCUCGCCGAGGUGAAGCGGAUCCUCUACGGGGGCGAGGCAAGACAACUUAAUUUGCCAGCUGCUGCUCUAUCAGCGGCUGAGGAAAGACAUUUUGAGCUAAAGGGCUAUGGAUUUGAAGCUGCUCCAGAGCAAUUGAGAAGGCCACGUAUUGUUCGAGUGGGACUGGUACAGAAUAAAAUUCCACUUCCCACAGACACAGCAGUGGCAGUCCAGGUGGCUGCACUGCACAGACGAAUUGAGGAGAUUGUGGAAGUAGCAGCAAUAUGUGGAGUCAAUAUAGUUUGUUUCCAGGAGGCUUGGACCAUGCCCUUUGCUUUUUGUACAAGAGAGAAACUUCCUUGGACUGAAUUUGCUGAGUCAGCAGAGAAUGGACCAACAACAAAAUUCUGUCAAGAGCUGGCAAGGAAAUACAAUAUGGUUGUGGUAUCUCCAAUCUUGGAGCGAGAUGAAAUACAUGGAGGAACUCUGUGGAAUGCUGCAGUGGUCAUUUCUAAUUCUGGAACUGUCCUUGGCAAAAGUAGGAAAAAUCACAUUCCAAGGGUUGGAGAUUUCAAUGAGUCUACUUACUAUAUGGAAGGAAAUACAGGACACCCAGUGUUUCAGACACAGUUUGGAACAAUUGCUGUGAAUAUCUGCUAUGGGCGCCAUCACCCUCUUAACUGGCUCAUGUUUAGUAUGAAUGGAGCAGAGAUCAUCUUUAACCCUUCAGCCACUAUUGGAAAGCUCAGCGAGUCACUGUGGCCAAUUGAAGCAAGAAAUGCUGCCAUAGCUAAUCACUGCUUUACGUGUCCCAUCAACAGGGUAGGAACGGAAUACUACAAAAAUGCCUUUACUUCUGGAGAUGGUGGAGAAGCACACCAUGACUUGGGCCAUUUUUAUGGCUCAAGUUAUGUAGCUGCACCAGAUGGCAGUAGGACCCCAGGACUCUCUCGCACUCAGGAUGGACUUCUCGUGGUAGAGAUGGAUCUGAAUCUUUGCAGGCAAGUCAGUGACAAAUGGAAUUUUAAGAUGACUGGUAGGUAUGAAAUGUAUGCAGACAAGCUCACUGAAGCAAUCCAGCCUUAUUUUAUACCCAAUAUAAUAAAAGAGUAAAAAAGCAUCUCAUUACAAUCAAAUGUUACAUAACACAUUAAAAAGUACUGUUGGAUGAUAGCUUUAUGGUGGAUCACAAGUUGUUAUUUUAACAUUGUAAUUUUAAUUUCCUGUAACUAACUUUUAAAUAAUAGAAUUCAAAACUGUGCUAAGUAAAAUAAUUGAAAAAUGGCUUCUUGGGUGUUUGUUUUUUUUUUUUUUUUGUCAUUAACACUAAUGAGUCCGAACUUUCGUUCCUUACUAGAAACACAUCCCGUAGGAAUACUUUGAUAUAAAAUGAUUAAAUUUAUUCAGUACUGUGUACUGUGAUAUAGUUUGAUGGAGAUGAUGAGUUCAAGGGACACAAAUUUUUACAUAAGCUUUGCAUUAUAUGUCUAUUUACUUCUGCUUUACGGAUUUUACCCUCUACCCAAAUGCAUAAUUUUGGGAGAAAGGAGGCAUAAAUUAAUUUCAUGUUUUUUUUAAAUUACGAACUAUUUAAUGCAGUUCUGUUAGAGCUCAGUAAUGUCCCAGGCAUGUCCUUGUUUGAAGAUCUGUGGGUACUGUAAAACAAGACUUCUAUUUCCCUUUACACUACAUUUUACAACCACAGUUGGACCAGUGUCUCUGGGCUCCUUUGAUGUGCAAAAGUAGAGCUGCAGACAGAUGCUUUUAGUAUCUUCAGCAGCUCAGUACUGUGUUGUGAGGCAAAAAUGGAAGCCCUAGCUAAAACAUAGGCAAGGCUGGUGCAGCUGCAUACUUUUCAUUGUGAACAGAAAACCAUGGAGAUGCUAUUAGGGAUCAGAACGGGUAACAAAAACCACUUCCCUGGAGCUGCACUCCAGUAGAUACUCAGUGGUUGCAGAGGACACAAAAUCGGUAUUGAAUAUAGAUAACAAUACAUUUGCUAUUCUCAGUAUAUACUGAAAUUUUGUUUUGUAUGAUUCAGGUGAUGCAGCAGGUGUUCAGGAAGUGCAGAAUGAAUACAAUUUACAGCCUAGCAACAAUGAAUUUAUAGCUGAAAUAAAUAUUUGAACACUUAGAUUUUUUUUUUUUCCAAAUUACAAUUUCAGCUGUAUAAUUUGCAGUUAAGCAUGUAUCAUGUCCUCUAAAGAUUUUCCAACACUUUUCCAUAAUAGGCUAUUUAACAUAAUGUAGCAAGUCCAUUUAUUACAGGGUUAUCUAUGACUUUAAACCUUUAUUGAGAAUGGCUUAAUUACAAAUAAAAAUAUAUUUAUGUAUAAAAUCCCUGCAAGUAAAAUAUCCCUUCCUUUGCUAUUGACAUUAUGAAGGAAACAGUGACAAACAUUUUCGGAAUGAAUGUUUUGAUAGACAAGAUUGUAAUGGGAAACAAAGUUUCAGAAAAUGCAGAUGUUCUGGAUGCUUGCACAGUGAGCUUUUUAAUCUGAUUUUAUGUCAUAUAAAUACUUGGUUUUUUCACUUGUCUGCUUCUUCUUCCUGUGUUUUCAUCUCACAUAACUAUCUUCCAUUUGACAGCUCUAAGAGAUCCUGUUGCAAUGUUGGAGCUCUCCUUUUGUCUGUAUUAGCUUAAACAACUUUGUUGUUUGCAUUUGGAUAACUGAACCAGUAAGAGUCUAAAUGCCAAUUACAACUCUUUUGUAGGAAUUGUUUUUAUUUAACUAACCAAGCCUGCUCUAAAAUAAAUCCUGUGGCAGUUUAAUGGUAUUGAACAACCAACCUACCUGAAAAUGCAUGGGUUAAAGUACUCCGUCAACCUGCAGUUUACAUACCUGUUAAUUAGUAACAUAGCUAGUACCAUCUCUCUAAAUCAAACAUUGUGAAUUUGGACUUGGACAUAACAAUUCCUAGAUCAGUAGCCUUCUGGUGACUUUGGAGGAGUCAGAAGGCCUUAUCUAUAAUACGGUUUGUACCUUUUUUCUGGGAUUCUGCUGGUGGCACUCAUGUAUUGGUUCUACUGCUCAAAAAUCACAUACUGAUUUUGCAAGUAUAAGUGUCAGAACGUAUUCCAACUUCACCCAGUGAUAGGCAAAAUCUGAUACACUGAAAACUUCUUGUCACAUCCAUUUUGUUCAGAACUUUUUAAAGGCUACUGCAUUUUAAAUGUCUGUUAGUCUUUUUAGCCUUUGUGCAAAGCAGCACUCUUGAUUCUACUAAGCAUACCUACUGAACCCUUCUCAGGUAUUUUCCAGUAAGUCAGCAACUGAUAAAAGAAAAUGUUUUCUCUUAGAAAAAUUUUUUACCAUCGUGAAAGUAGAUUCCUAUUUAUUAUUUCCACCACUAAAUAACAAUUUCCUUUUACUAUUAUUCCCUGCAGUUCCAGAACUUGAACAGUCCUCCUAAAACCAUGCCAAAAGUGUGGGAUCUCUGUCUUAAGUGCAAAAUAAAAUUUUGCUAGCUUUACAUCAGUGUUAACAUUGAUUCUUCUACCCACUUCAACAGAGGCAGGACUGGAGAUCAAGACUUGUAGGAAAUUGUGAUGAAUGAAUCUGACAUAGGUGGCUAUUUCCUACACUUUACAGUGCUCCUCAGCAAAGUAAUUAAACCCAGGUAAUACAUGAAAAGGUUAUGAAUGGGCUGCUAACAAUUUCACUUGAUAAUGUCUGAAGACAGUAUAUGUAGUAUCCAUGCUAGAAAAUCUGAGUUCCUGCCUUUUUACUUGUAGCAAAUAGAUGUUUGUAUCCCCUAUUUUCUUAAUUGAUUUCAGCUCUUCUUAGGAGGUCACUGAAUUAACAGCAAAAUUUGGCUCAAAUUAUGAUUCGGCAUUUUAGUUACAAGACAGUAUGUACUGUCAGGUAUUUACAAUUUACAAAGAAAAUGUAUCCCACUAGCAUGGGUGAUGAUUUUCUGUAUUUGCUUAAUAAGUUUAAAGUUUAUGUUUAGAAUGGAUUCUGCUGAAACUGGCACAUGUGGGUGGCAUAAUGUUCAGAGGUUUCUGCAAAGAGCAAUGAAGACUUGUAGAUACAAAUCAAAUGUCUUCACUUAAACUUUUAGGGCAAUAUAGAGCUCUGAGCAGUAAUCCUAGAGGAUUUAGCCAAACAAGAUUGAGUUUGUAGUACAAGGGAACAGUACCAAUAACUGUGAUUCAAAAUCUAAUGCAGUGGCAUAUAUGCUGAAUCUGUGUAAAGUGAAUUUGGGAAGUUCCCUUGAGUAAAUGUGUUUCAUUUCUACAACAUAGACAACAUUGAUGAGCCAGCAAGGUCUUUGUUAUUUAAAAGCGGUUUAAGUUAAUAUUUUUUCCUUCCAUAAUACCCUGCUGAACCUCAAAUCCCUAGAAUUAGGGUGAAGAUCAGCCCCUGAUGUUUUGACAGAGAGAGAAACAGGUAUUUUUUAUUCUUUUUUCCCCUGGUUUUGUUUACCUAAACCUAUGCAUGUACUACCAAGUGUUAAAGUUCAUAAAUUUGGUGCUAUGUUUUCUCAUGUGUUUAGUUUGAAAAUAAGCUCAAAGUGAACAGGCCCUGCGCCUGUAUUUUAAAACUACUGUCAAAUGUGCAAUGUUGAAAAUGAGAAGAAAAAAAAAAAAGUGAGACAUACAUUGCAAAAUCAGAUACAUCAUCAUGAAGAAAAAAAAAAAAAAGGUAAA